UUAUCGUUUUCAGACAAAUACCCGAGGCAAUGUGUAAGAGCAUUGCUCGGGACGGCGGAAAAAGGAGGCGAGGUUGAGCCGCGCUUUUCGCUAACCCCGAGCUGCUCUUUGUCUUUCCAACACCGCCUUCACUCAAGCAAGACACACGAUCAACAUCGCAAAAAAUGUUGGCAAUGAGAAGUUUUGUUCUAAUUUGUGUCAUCCUCGUCGGAGCCGGAAUCAACGGGCUUCCAACUCUGAGUGAUCAGCAACCAGCGCCAGCGUCGCCGAACUUGUCUGUGCCACAACAUCCUCGUCAACAAGGUCUCAGGGAUGAUCUACCUCCAGCCCCAGAAGACGAGUUUGUGGAACGCCUUGAAAAGCUGUUGAGAUCCGGAGAGCUGCAAAAGCAUCACGCCGUGCAACAAAAUGAGUUACUUAUGGCAGACAAAGAACAACAAUCACAGCAACCUUGUUGCGAAAAUCAACUACAACAACAACAGCUGCCACGGAAUUUCGCGAGUUGGUCACCCUCACAAGCGCUUUUCCAGCAAAUCUACGCGGAAGGAAACCAUCGAGAAAAUGCUUUGCGUCAUCAACUCAACGCGCCCGGAAGCCGAAUUCCAGUUCAAUCCGACUUUUCCACCUCACGACCCGUGAUUUCUCUGGAUCCUGAAGCAGGGAACAAAGCUAAAUUCGCCUUCAAACCCGAUGAAACGGAAUUCUGGCGGAGCAACGCUGCUGAUCCUGCACAUCAUGAGCAAUCGGUCCUGGAAAAUACUAUAAAUUUGCUGAAUAAUUUGCCGGAUCAGCCGCUUAUUCAGCAGCAGGAACAACAUGAGCCGGAAACGCAGAAUAUCGUCCAAGAAUUACGACCGCGAUUAGUGAAGCAUCUGAGGGAACUUCCAGUUCCGCUGGAAUACCAAGCCGAAAAGCAAAUUGGGUCGAUUAACCCGCUUCCUCAGUUCGAAUACCAAGCCGAGAAGCAAAUAGGUUCGGUUAACCCGCUUCUUCCGAAACGAUUGCAUCCUAGUACGUUUGAGAAUGUUGCAACCGGAUUGGGAGCGAAGAUCUACAGCUUGAAAAACGGGCAAAAGGAAAUUGUUACCUAUAUCGACAUGCCUAAGCUCGGUGUCAUCGCGGAGGAAGUGCGACACCCUGCGGAGGUGCAGGCAACUCAAAUUGUUGACAAAAUUCCAUCAAAAGCAGAUGUCGCUGUCGUGGACCAAAGCGCUGUAAUGCAGUCACCCAUUGCCGUUGAAUCUACCAAGAUUCAGUUGGAUGUUGGCGAUGAUAAGACUCAUUGGCUGCAGCAUGAGUCGGGCAAGAAAAAUCACGACUCAGAACCAGAAACGAAAGACGCGGCAAUGGUUGAAGAUCAUCAUUCGGAAGAUCAUCACGCAGCAAUAAAUAUGGGGGAAGCUCCAAAGGUGAUGAAACUUGUCCAAAAACCUGAAGUUGAAGAGCCCUUGAACGAAAACGACGGAGAUCCCAUGUCACACUUCUAUUUCGUGGGUGCGAUCGCGGGUUGCAGCGCUGCAGUGGCGUUUGGAGUAGUAGCAGCAGGUGUUUUCUGGAUGAGGCUCAAGAAAAAUGCGAAAGCUGCCGAAGAUACGGAAUACCCUGCUUACGGAGUAACCGGACCCGGGAAACACGGCGGUGGUUCACAAGACAUUUCGCCAACCUCUGGAGACCGGAAACUGGCUCAAUCUGCUCAGAUGUACCAUUACCAGCAUCAGAAGCAACAGAUGAUUGCGAUGGAGAAUCACGGAAAUAAUUCUCGACGACACGGCUCAACAUCUGAUGUCGAAGAAUCUGACGAGGAAGAGAACGAGGAAGGCGAUUACACCGUCUACGAAUGUCCUGGGUUGGCACCGACCGGAGAGAUGGAAGUGAGGAACCCGCUUUUCCAAGAUGAUCCACUGACACCUAGCUCGCCGUCGAGGCACGUCGUUGACGACUACGACGACGACGCUGUUCAGCCCUAAUCCAGUCCAUCAGGGAGAGAGAGGCAAAAGACCAAAGAAAAUCGUCGGAAAAACGAUAAAAACCUACGAAAAUACCAGCGAAAGCAGUUGCAUCUAGUCAGAUUCUCUCCCGAAAAGAAGAAUUGCAGUGUAAAAUGUGUAACGAGAAACAGAAGGAAAGCAUCUCGUUAUCGAUGUGUCAGAGAAAACCAGAAAAGGGGAAAUGAAAUUGCAAUUAAAUUCUGAAACAUUCCUCGUUGAAAAGAAGCCAGCUUUUCGUCCCUCACUUUCAACUACUUUCAACAAUAUAUAGCGAGGAGCAAAAGAAAAAGAAGAAUACGCAGAUUUUAAUUCAAAAAUGUUUUAUUUUAUUACCGUCUCGAUCGCUGGCCCGGUUUCAAUACAUUCCUUCACAUUUUCCAUGGUUUCCAGAAAUCGCGUUCUUUGCAAAUUUUCCAGGCUUCGAGCUUCUGGUACCUAAAAAAAAAAAGCGCGACGCGUUGUACUUGUAUUAGGCAAAAAUGAGGAACAAUGAGCAGGAAGAUUGCUGUUUAGCGAUAGUGAAUGGAAUGAAAAUUAAUUCGGAGACGAGAGCGUAGAAGAUGGAAUCGGGUAGUUGUGUCCGGGAAUAAAAAUACAGUUACCAAUUUAUAAAACCCGCA